AUGAGAGUUUCGGGGGGGGAACUAUAUGUAUCCGAUCGUGUGAUUUCCGGGCUCGAAUCGGAAUCGAAAGUUUUAGGGUACCAUGCCGAUAACGUGGCACCGGCAAUCAUGAGAGGUUUUGUAUUGAUUCGAAUCUAUGAUCCUUUGGAAUUGAUGCAAUUGAAGUUUCCAGAGGAAAAAGAUUUGUUUUUCGUAUUGGUGAAUCCCAAGUUCGAAGCUCCGACGAUGAAAAUGAGGGCGGCGUUGCCAGUAGAGAUAACUAUGUCGCACCACGGUUUAGGCAAGGUAUUAUCGUCCAAUAAGAUAGUGGAGCCAAGGAGAGCGGCAUUGAUUCCAGGAAUGGAAGGCGUGAAGAAGGCGGCGAUGGAGGCCAGUGCGUUAGGGUGUACGAUCAGUGGUGCUGGGCCAACAGCCGUGGCUAUAACUGAUGAUGAGGAGAAAGGGAAGGUGAUUGGGGAGAGAAUAGUGGAAGCGUUUAUGGAAGGGGGGAAUUUGAAGGCUUGGACGAUGGUUAAGAGACUGGACCGGGUUGGUGCUAGGCUUGUGAGUAGUAUUUCCAGAUGAUGACUCUCCUGAGUAGGUUUGACUCCUUGGGGAUUUCAUGCAUCGAGAUUUUGUUCCUUCUACUUUCCUCUUAGGCUUAUUUUUCCCUAUGAAUCCCCCUUCAUGAAAAAGCAAAAACAUAAGACUUGAUACGAGGGGUUGGUGUUUUAUUUGUUUACACAUUGUGGUUGCAACUUUGGUG